UCUCGGGUUCAACAACGCAGCUCGAUCGAGGAUUCUCGGCGGGUGCAGCAUCACAAAUAAAACGUGAAUCUCAGACACACCUUCUAUAAUAGAUUUCAUGAUCAAAUGUGACGGUGGUUCAAUCAAAUUGAUCAGUGUACAACAAGAAAGUGAUAACCAAAUACUCAUAGCCUCAAUUGAUUUUUGCAAUUAGACUCAGAUCGAUAUCAAACCAAUACGACAGGAAGUUAUGAAUGUGACCUGCGCCAUGAAGUCAUUUUAGGUUAAGAAAAUUAUUAUUUUUUGAGCAACGAUUUCCGAGAAAUAAUAACCCAAAACGUGUGUGUCAUUGAAUCGUUGAUCGAAUGCUUUCGAGAAGUCGCUCCGAUCUAGUUUCACAUUAACUAAAGGUUAAUAUUGUUUCCUACCAUUUUCCAACUCGGAUUUUAUUGCCGAUCAAUACUGUCUCAACUCGUCCUAAUUUAUUGAUACCUUUGAUAGUAUCAAGGCCAGCACAGAUGGCGGGUUCCGCUAUCUAUCAGCGGCCGCGUCCUCAUCUGUUCAGUAGAGUUCUAUCUAGUUGAGGUAAAAUAUCAUAGUUUAUGGUUUAGGUUUAUUAUGUAGUGUUUGGAUGCCGUGAAAUCUGUGAGGUCAAUAAAAUAAAAAAAACAGUUGACCACUGGUUCAGCAGGAAGUCUUUGAAAUAUUCAGGUGAGCAAACGAAUCAACGGCGGGAUCACAAUCGGACUUGGAUAUGAGUAACGGCAAUGGAAACGGUUAUGGUGGCAGCAGCAAGAAUCUUAAGAAGAAUUCGGUGACCUUCAGCGAACAGAUCGGCUCUGACUCCAAAGAUCUUCACAAUUACCUUCCAGUUCUGAGAACCGAUGACGAUUCUGGUCAAUUGCUAACGAAAGCGGCUUCCAUUGCAGCAAUGCCAGUAAAAUAUAGCCACCACGGUUCGGCCACAAUUCUCGAUCAAAUCCCGGAAGAUACAUCACCAACCAGAAAACCCACUACCACAACCCACACAAAUGGUGCCGCACCACGAAGAUCUUCGGUGAUUAUGCAGGACAUCCUAUCUACACACAGACCAUCGGCAAUUAUGACUGCACUGCGGCGGGGGUCCUUGGCAUGGCUCCCACGGAGAAGUAAAAGUGUUAACCAGACACACGAUAGCGAGUCCAACAUGGGCAGCAAAGCGUCGCUGAGCCAGAUUCCACAUGGUUCCGGAGCCCAGAGUGAACUAGCGAUAGAGUCUCGUCGGAAAAACAGACGAAUUGGAGACGAUGCACUAAGUACAGCUCUAUCGGCGUUGUACGCCAAGGUCAUUGUGAUUCUCGGGAUCGCGUUGCCAGUGACAGAGAUCUUGUCAUCACAAAUACCGGCUAAUGUUUACCAAGGUUUUUAUCUUUACCUCUACGUAACUAGUAUCUCGUUUGUUAUUUUUGUCUAUGCAUCCAACAUGCGACGAAGAGCGGUUAUGACGUUGAUCAAAACAUAUCAUGAGAAAACCAAUAACUAUCCGAUAAAGAAGCGAGUGCCUCACUUUGGAAGCUUCUACCUGCGGGUAGGUGCGAUCGCUUUCGGCAUUGGAACCAUGGUUUACUCAGGUCUCGAGGUUGGCCAAUACUUCGAACUGCGAACAACUGAAGGGUGUUCCAGUGUAUUUAUCGUUGUGACACCAGCAGCUCGGAUGAUCCUUUCCAUAGUGCAGAUGCAGUUCAUCUUCCUGAAUACCUCGGAGCUAGAUAUGGCCCGUCAUAAGGUAUUUGCACGCUUCGGGUUGAUGCACAUGGUUGCAACGAAUCUCUGCGAGUGGUUGUACGUGUUGGUUGAAGAGACGAAACACGAGAUUCAUCAUUUGGCUCACUUGGCCGAACAUGGCAAAAUCCUUCCUACCCUGGUUGAGGUUGCCAGUACAACACUAACUCCAUCCGUGACGAAUACAUCGUUUUUAAAAGAUUCAAACAACUACAACCACACGAUUGUCAAGCGAGCAACCCAAGACACUGUAGAAUACAUAGACUGCCAACGAACUAACAUCAUGGGAUCGUUGGUCCAAAAUGCCUCCCCUUUCCUGUUUCCAUGCACCAUUGAAUAUUCACUGAUUUGUGCCGUAAUUCUGUAUGAGAUGUGGAAAAAAGUCAAGACCAUUGCAGAGAUUGAUCGAACCCGUCGAAACUCGCAUAAAAUUCAUAGCACCAAUAGUACCAAAAGUGCACAUCAUUUCUCCGUAGACUGUUCCCGUGCUCAUCGUGGAAUGUUUGGCGGAAUUAUAAUCACCGUUCUAACGAUCAUCUGUUUGAUUAUGUACUUUGUACUUCAUGAUGAACCAGGCUACGAGUAUUUUGCUCUUCAGGAAGUAACGAUCGCCGAAACGAUGCUUUAUUCGGUGACAGCUGCUGGAGUAGUGGCAGCAAUGAUCAGAAUGAGAGAUUUAAAAUUCUGCAAGAAGAGUAACGAUCCACACGCAGGAUCGGUCAGCCUGGAUUGUACACUUCUGGUUCUUGCUCAAACAGGUGUAUACGUGUACGGAAUGUUUAGUAUAAUCGGCAGCUAUUUUUCCAUAAAGCAAGGAGUUAUCGGAGCACGGGAAGGAUUGAUUGCGGAAAUAUUCAGCUUGGUACAAACGUCCAUGCAAACUCUGUUCAUCCUCAACGCCGUCUGGAGAAAGUGUCGAGGUGCUCAGCAGAACCGGAGCAAACCGGGACGCGAAAUUGUUACCUUUCUUCUCGUGGCCAAUAUGGCUAUGUGGUUCAUCAAUACGUUGGUCAAAGGCCGAGCGAGCUUCAGGCCCACGCAUCUGGAGUUUUUCGGUACCUGGGCUUGGACCGUAAUAACGCAUGUCUCGAUGCCGUUGGCAAUUUUUUACCGUUUUCAUUCAACCAUUUGCCUUUUCGAAGUAUGGAAAUCUACCUACAAGGUCAAAAACACAGAUCACCAUUAGCCUGGAUAUACUCAAAAAACGUCUUUUUAUGUGUAAGAGAAACACUGUGGUGUGAUGUAUAUACAAAAGAGAUUCUCUAAGUCUGUUGGAACUCAUCAGAAUCUGAACACAAAUGAUGGACAGCAAUUACUUAUUUUGUAUGACAGUAUUAAGCAACCAGUGAUGUGUGUAUUGGAGAUUAGUAAACAUAAAACCAAUAAGAAUUUGUUAUAAAACAAA